AUGUCGAAAAAGGCGCCAGAGAAGAGCGAGCCCCUUGACGGCGGCGAAGCAGGAUACGAACCACCUCCCCCAACCUACGAGUCAGGUGGCCCAAGCCAGGACACCACCACUCCCGCUGUCACCCCUCAGGCCGAACAGGGAAACCCCCCUCAACAGUCAGACCAGGGUCCAACCGCUGAAAGGCCAUUCAAUUUCCCAGCGCCACCAUCGUACGCGCCAAGCUCAGCUUCAAGGCAGUUCAUCGUCGUCCCGCAGCAGAGCCCGGAGCCGGCGUCGUCUUUCCUCCAGGCCUAUGCGCCGAGUCUCCUGGCGCGCGGUAUCCCGUCGGAGUCCUGGGUCUCAUUCCUCGACACGCUAUCUGCUUUCCUCGCGGCCAAAGUUUCGGAUCGCGCCCUGAGCCACGCCGGCGACGUAGCUAAGCAGCUCGGCAAGGGCCCCACCAACAGCUUCAAAGGCGUCUAUGCCCACGCCAAGAACGUCGGCCGGGACAUCACCAAGCAGGCCCGGCGCGGGAAUGUUGUCGGUGCCACGGUCGGCGCCGUCGGCGGUGCCAUCUCCAUCCCGCUGUCCGCGGCCUUCAGCGUCAUCGGUGCCGCGGUGUCGAUGCCCGGAUCAGCUCUCGCCGCAGCGUCGAAAAAGCCGGCAUCGCAGAGGGACAGGGCCGCUGCGUACCUUGCUGUCGCGAAUAAGGACUGGUUCCAUGCUAGGGGCCUGGACGCGGCCAUCGUAACGACAGUUGAAUUGGAGGAACUUACGGGCACGUCGGUUCGUGCAAUUCUGGCUCCUCGUUCGGGAGAUGGGAAAGAAGCCAAGACGGUGGAAGAGCAGCUGGCGGCUUUAGAAGGGCCGUUUGCGAAGCUCGAGAUGUUAGCCUCGGGAUUUCCCCGCUUGGAGAUUGCUAACGAGACGCUCUGGGUCGUGUUGAACUCUGUGUAG